AGGAGCCCUGGUCGGCGGUGGGUCUUAGUCGUGGUCUGCCCCGGCUCGUCACUGCCGUCACCGUCUACCCACCGCUGCUGUGGUCAAUUGCCCCUCGCGCUUUCCUCGCCUCGGCUGCUGCUGCUGCUGCUGCUGCCCAGUGUGGUCGUCAUGGCUUACCGUGGUCCGGCGUACGGUCUCAGCGCGCAGAUCGCAAGCAAGAUCGCAUCGAAACGCGAUACCGAACUGGAAUCCCAGAUCUUGGACUGGAUCGAAGAGGUGCUUGAACAACGGCUACCCCAGGGACCAUACGAAGAAGUGCUUCGGGAUGGCGUCGUACUAUGCAAGCUUAUGAACGCCCUGAACCCGGGCAGCAUUCCAAAGAUCAACACCACUGGCGGCCAGUUCAAGAAGAUGGAGAACAUCGUGAUGUUCCAGAACGCGGCCAAGGAAUGGGGCGUGCCUGAGAUCGACGUCUUCCAGACAGUCGACCUCUGGGAGCGGAGGAACAUCCCACAGGUCUCGCAGUGCAUUCUAGCGCUGGGACGAGCGUGCUACCUGCACCCGGAGUACCAGGGACCUUGCCUGGGACCCAAGCCGGCCGAGGAGAACAAGAGGCACUUCAGCGAGCAGCAGUUGAGGGCGGGAGAAGGCAUCAUCAACCUCCAGUACGGCACCAACAAGGGCGCCAACGCGAGCGGCAUCAACUUCGGCAACACGAGACACAUGUAACACCACUCCCACGACAUCGAAGACAAAGGAAGAUCGUCGCAUUUUUUAUUUUACUCGGCAGUUCGCCUCAACUUUGCGAAAACGGGCGAUUGCAUCGGCGUUCACCAUACCCUGUUCUCGCUCUCUCGUUUAACGAUGUCAUCGCUACCCGAUUCUUGACCGGUCGUAGGCCACGAAGCGAUCAGAAGCGCGUUCACAAUGUUCAACGCGCCGUUCCAAAUUUGUCACUCAGCAACGCCUCUCUCAAGUGUAGACGCGUGGGGUAAAAUCGGCGACUUUCGAGGAAGGGAGAAAGAAACGAACACAAAUAUAUUUUUUCUUCUCUUUUAGUGUCGUGAAACGUAACCAAACGUAGCCCAGGACUUCAUCAUAAUUCAUUUGUGUGCAGUGCAGAAGAGAAUACUGAAAAAGCGGCACUAACAUAUACAAAUGUAGCCCGAAAUAAAGGUGGCUCAUUGUAUACAA